AUGCAUCAGUCCUCGCGAAGACAUCGUCACCUGGCGCCAGAUGCCCAGGAGUUGAUUCUCGAAUGGCUUUUUGAACGGGAGAACUCGCCGACGACUUACACAAGCCAUCAUGCCUCGGGUCGUGCAGAAGGGGCCUUUUUCGCUGACGGAUUUCUGUUUAUCACUGAACAAGCGACUCCAACGAAGAGCCAGCAAUGUCACAGCAGUGGGGUUCCUAUCAUGCAGCCUGUAUCAACUCCUACGAGAAGGGCGCUGCGCGAAGGAAGCUCUUUUACUCAACGUUCCCCUCCCUUGAACCGUAUCAGAUGGUCUCCUUAUCCUGAAACGCAUCCUAUUGAAAAACGGACAAUUUCCGAAAAGGGAAGCAAAGGUGGAUACGAACGCAAACCACGACAUAAGACCAAAGAAGACCGUUACGAGUACAAGGGCUCAAACUCUCGAAUACAAGGAAAACAAUCGCCGAUAAAAACGAAAAAGUCAUCAAAGCAGGUUAGAAGACAUACGAUCAAUGACAACUUCCAUGCUUCCAAUGUCCCACGAGAUAGAUUGACAGUCGGCGAGCUUCGACAUUUUCCUCAUUUCUCGCGCAUUCGCAAGCUGGUAAACCGAGGUCGAGUACCUGAGAAGAGGUUCUCAGAGACAAAAUUCUUGAGCAAGAAAUUGCAGAGCGAUAGCGAGGAAUACACAAGCUAUCAGAGUCCGAACAAAAAGCGGAAGACUCGAGCAAAUCCUGAGGAUUGUCAACUACUCAUUUCAAGCUACUUCCCACUUGGCUCACUCGAAGAUGAGGCUCCUAUGCAGGGUUUCGAGAUGGAGGCAAGCGGUACCUUGUUGCAUUCAUCUCCGAACGUACAACCACGAUCCCCAGCAGACUGUAGGGUGCGCGACACAGCAGCGAAGAGGCAUGCCGCUGUUGCCGUUCAAUAUCCGGCUGAUCAGCCUAAGUACUCCGGGGCGUACCAUCCUGAUGUUCGAGGGUGCGAAAUCUCUCUGUCAUCAACACCUAUCAGUAUUUCAUUCAAUGAACAUGCCGCAUUCUUGUCUGAAAGCUGGACAGAGUUUUACACGAAACAGCUUCUGCAUUUUGACUUGAGCUCACGAGACAAGGCCGAAGAUGAGUCUACCCAUUCAGGUAGAAAGUACUGGAGCUUGGAGGACCUGAAGCUCCUGCUACAAGAGCGAGAGAAGUUUCGGCAACACGAGAGAGGGCCCCAAGUUGUGUCAGAGAACUCACUCUCAGGUAGCAGACGCAACAUUCGCAGAGCAAGCUCUAUCUAUGAAGUGGAGGACGCUGAUGAAGAUCAUUUAAAGGAACGCAAACAAAUGGUGCUAUUGGAAGAGAUGGGAAAUAGUUUCGUUGAGAAUAACGCAAGCGUUGAUACGAAAUUUAUCUUUCCAGGGCACUUUGAUAAGGGUCUCAACAACGAGCUAGAUUUUCAGCACACAUCUAAUACACCUCUAGCGAGACCCAAGCAGACGCUGGGUAAUGUGAGCAACGCUGGCGCGAAGGAAGAAUUUGACUUCUGCUCCGACACGUGGAAAUGCUGCGAGUAUCCUACCAAAGCCCAAGAUGAGCACUUCUCCUCCUCGGUAUCUCAAGCCGGACCGUUUGAACAAGGGGCCGACCUCCAGCUCGGCUCAGGAGCAGGAAGGGAUAAAGUUGAUGACGACGUGGUCAUGUUCUUUGCUGAGGAGCCCCAACUUCAGGACGAUAUCUAUGAUUACUUCGCCACAGAGGCGCUCGAUGUGGCAGCACAUGACGCGAUCAUGCAUCCAGAGGAAGAUACUUUGGAAUGUGUGUGGGACUAUGCAAUGCGGAUCCCUCUGGGUGCUGAUGGUUUCGAAAACUACCCAGUCUCUCAAGGCGUCCUUCCAAAUCGAGUCAUGACGGAUAAAGCAUCACUACAUUGUCCAUUGAACGCUGUACCAUAUCCGCCGCAUGACGUUCUAUCCUCACAUGAAACGAUGGAGCGGGCAUCGGAUGUCUGGGCCGUGAGGCGAUGUGGCAUGGAUCAAGGGUUAAUUGAUAUUCCCAGGGAUUUUUGGCGGCAGAACAGGUUAUAUUGA